GAGAGGAAGAGGGGAGGACGGUGUGAGCUCUCACUCAGCUCCACUGUGUCAUAAAGAAAGAACAAAACUGAGGACAGGACUUUAGCGAAGAAUAGCUUCAACAACUGGGGACACACCUGUCUGUGGCUGUUAGAUCUGAGACAUUUUUUUCUCUCAGCAGUGGGAGGGAGCUUAAAGAGAAAGUGAAACUUAACAACAGGGAAAUGAAGAGAGCAUGAUAAAGCUGAAAUGAUCGAGGUUCCAGACAAGAAGUCCUGAUUUACAGACGUUGACAUUUUUCUUCAACCUUAUCAUCAUCCAACAUUCACAUCAGGUGGUUCCCUGUGUUUGGGCUAUGAUUGUUUGAUAUCAGUACUAGCUGUCAGCCUGUCAUUCGGGUUGGCAUUUUUUUUUAUCAGCAUUUGAAGGACAUUCCCCCUGCAAUGGUCUCUGUGAGGCUGCUGGUUUUGUUUCUGUUCAAUGUGUCUCUGGUUGGGUCUCAGCCCACCCAGAGUUCACAACAGGUGUCAAGUCCUCCUCAUCCUGCAGGAGAACAAUCUCCUUUGGAUCCUAGUAGUCUGUCCUUCCCUUGGAGCCGCCUUCGCUUGCCAAGGUACAUCAUUCCUCUUCACUACCACCUCUUCCUGCACCCCAACCUCACAAGUCUCAGUUUCACUGGCUCAGUGCAGAUCCAGAUUGAUGUCCAGAACAAUACAAACUGGGUUGUAUUGCACAGCAAGGGUUUACAGAUCUCCAAGGCCACUAUUUUAGACCAGAACCUCGCUCAUCUGUCUGACCAGGUUCUUCCAGUUCUUCACAACCCUUCCCAUGAGCAGAUAGGCAUUUUCUCUCCCAGGGUGCUCAGCAGUGGGCAGAAAUAUUUCCUGUAUAUUGAGUUUGAGGCAGAGCUUGUAGAAGGGUUUUAUGGCUUCUAUAAGAGUACCUACCGGACCAGUCAAGGAGAGACCAGAACCUUAGCGUCGACUCACUUCGAGCCCACAAGUGCUCGGAUGGCGUUCCCUUGUUUCGACGAGCCAAACUUCAAAGCCAAUUUCUCCGUUCGGAUCAGGAGGAGUCCGGAGUACAUUUCUCUGUCCAACAUGCCUGUUGUCAAGACAGUUGAAGUAAAUGGCGGCUUGCUUGAGGAUCAGUUUGCUGAAAGUGUAAAGAUGAGCACGUACCUCGUAGCGUUUGUCAUUUGUGACUUUAAGUCUGUCACUGGAACAACAUCCUCUGGGGUGCAGGUUUCCAUCUAUGCUGUCCCUGAGAAGUGGCAACAAACCCACUAUGCCCUAGAGGUUGCUGUCAAAAUGCUGGACUUCUACGAGGACUAUUUCAACAUCCGCUAUCCUUUACCCAAACAAGGUGAACCAUUGUUUGAUUUUUUUUCUGCGAUCGAGUUGCAAAGCAUUGUACCUCUUCAUCACUUUCUGCUUCCUGACUGGUUUUCUCUCUCAGAUUUAAUUGCCAUCCCAGACUUCCAGUCAGGUGCAAUGGAGAACUGGGGUCUGACCACCUACAGAGAGACCAGCCUUCUUUACGACCCUCUCACAUCCUCUGUUUCUGAUAAACUUUGGGUUACCAUGGUGAUUGGCCAUGAACUCGCCCAUCAGUGGUUUGGAAACCUGGUGACCAUGGAGUGGUGGAACGAUAUCUGGCUGAAUGAAGGAUUUGCCAGAUACAUGGAGUACAUUUCAGUGGAAGCCACCUACCCUGACCUCAAAGUGGAGGAAUAUCUACUGCACACCUGUUUUGCAGCAGUUGGUCUUGAUUCAUUGAACUCCUCUCGGCCAAUAUCCAGCCCAGCAGAAAACCCCACUCAGAUCAAAGAGAUGUUUGAUACAGUCUCCUAUGACAAGGGAGCAUGUGUCCUGCACAUGCUGCGACACUUCCUGACAGACGAGGUGUUUCAGAGUGGGAUAGUUCGAUACCUCCGCAAGUACAGCUACAAAAAUGCACACAAUCAGGACCUGUGGGACAGUCUAGCCAAUACAUGCUCAGAGGAGGACUUCAUCUCAGGAAAACACUGUUACAACAGUGGCCAGGCCACCAAGAAUGCAUACCUGUUUGCAGGGGAACAUCUGGACCUGACAGCCAUGAUGAAUACAUGGACUCUGCAGAAAGGUAUUCCUCUGGUGACUGUAACUAGGAAGGGGCCUCGUCUGCUGCUCAGACAGGACAGGUUCCUGAGGACUGUGAUGCCUUCUGAUCCUCUGUGGUCCUCGUUUCAGAAGGAUUUCCUUUGGCACAUCCCUCUGACAUACAAGACUGAUGUCUCUGGCACCAUCCACAGACACCUGAUGACAUCACCCACAGACAGCAUACACAUAGGAGAGGAAGCCAGCUGGGUGAAGGUAAACACUGACAUGACAGGCUUUUAUGUGGUUCAUUACGAGGAAGGUGGUUGGGAUGUGAUGGCCAAACUACUGAGGGAAAACCACACUGCUCUGAGCUACAAAGACAGGACUCAGUUGAUACACAAUGCCUUUCAAUUGGUCACAGCAGGCCAUCUGCCGCUCAAUAAAGCCUUAGACCUGAUUGGUUACCUGAAGAAGGAGAUGCACACAGUGCCUCUUCUUGAAGGACUGGGCUACCUGGAAGCCUUCUACCAUAUAAUUGAGAAAAGGGAUGAGCUUGAUUUAACACAAAACCUGGGGAUGUACAUCCUGCAGUUUUUCCGCGCUGUCAUUGACCAGCAGACCUGGAGCGACAGCGGCUCUGUGUCAGAGCGACGGCUGAGGUCAGAGGUCCUGUCGCUGGCUUGUCACCUGGAUUACCCUCCUUGUCUGGAGCGAGCACGUCAGCGCUUCAAAGACUGGCUUCAGUCCAACGGAACUCUCAACCCACCCACUGAUGUUGCAGAGACAGUGUUUUCAGUCGGAGCUCAGGACGACCACGGCUGGGCCUCGCUCUUGAGCACAUAUAAGACUUCCCUCUCUGCAGCACAAAAACACAAGAUCCUGUUUGCCCUAACCAGCAGCAAAGACAGUAACAAACUGCAAAGACUGCUGGAUCUGGGUCUGGAGGGGAAGGUCAUUCGAUCGCAGGACUUGUCCAGUCUCAUCCUGAUGGUGGCCAGGAACUCACGAGGAUGUAACCUGGCAUGGAACUUUGUCAAAAAGAACUGGGACACACUGGUUCAAAAGUUCCAGUUGGGCUCAUUUUGUAUUAGAAACAUCAUCAUUGGCACCACAGGCCAGUUUUCUUCUCAGGAGGAACUCAAUGAAGUGCAGCUGUUCUUUGAGUCCAUCAAAGAGCAAGCUUCCCAGCUGAGAGCCACUCAGGUGGCCCUGGACAAUGUGCAGAAAAAUGUUCGCUGGGUUCAGAGGAACCUCGAGACUCUGAGAAACUGGCUGAAUGAGCAGAUGCAGUGAAGACAGCAAGAAGAGAGGUGGUGGCUGCCAGCAUAGCACAGAAGGGAAGAUUUUUUUAAUGUGUAUGUGUGCUUCAAUUUAGUGUUUGACAACAGUGAAUAAUUGAUAGUUUUAUAUAUAAAUUGUACACUUUUGGGAGGGUUAUGUGUUACAGCUGUGCUUGUACCAGGGAUAUUGUGUUGUCUUGUGUGUGUGUGUGUGUGUGUGUGUGAGAGAGAGAGACAGAGAUCCAUUCCAAACUGACACAAAUACUGUGUCAAUGGACUCUUCACCAAAUGGACAAUAAAAGGGUUCAUUCAUUGUA